AUAUGUGGAACGUGUGGGGGUGAGCCAGAAAUAAGUGAUAAAAAUCAGGGAUGAAAAUAAAACCCCCUAAAACCUCCAAGUUGGUUGUUACUCGUUAGUUAUCCACUCUCGGCUGGACAGAGACCAUGGCUCUGCUCCUCCCCAUCCCAAUCCCAAUCCAUGGCGUUUCUUCUUGUUAUAGGUCGAGGUCGGCGAGUCGGCUGUGCAGGGUUUGGGGUUGGGGACUGUUGAAAAUCCAGAGAGGGGGCCGCACCCAGAUGCCGACGCCGACGAAGAACAGCCUGGGCCUUUCCAAUUCCACUUUCACGAAAACCAAAUCGAGCAAAAAGCGACGGGAGGCGGCUGUGGAGGCAGAGUCGGACGCCAUAUCGAUUCUAAACGAGAGAAUUCGGCGCGAGCAGAGAAAGAAAUCGUCGGAGGGGUCUCCGAUGGAGGCGGAGGAGGCAGACAAGUACUUGGAGCUGGUGAAGCAGCAGCAGCAGAGGGGCCUCCAGAAGCUCAAAGGAGACCUUAGUUACAAGGUCGACCCCUACACUCUUCGUUCCGGUGAUUAUGUGGUCCAUAAGAAGGUCGGCCUCGGUCGAUUCGUUGGGAUUAAAUUCGACAAUGCUCCUGCUUCCAUGGACCCUAUUGAAUACGUCUUCAUUGAGUAUGCUGAUGGCAUGGCUAAGCUUCCUGUUAAGCAGGCCUCUCGCUUGCUCUAUCGUUACAAUCUCCCCAACGAAAACAAAAAACCUCACACAUUGAGCAAACUGAACGACACCAGUGUGUGGGAGAGAAGAAAGACCAAGGGAAAGAUUGCCAUUCAGAAAAUGGUUGUUGAUCUGAUGGAGUUGUAUUUACACAGGCUCAAACAAACACGCCCUCCCUACCCUCUUACUCCUGCCAUGGCUCACUUUGUUUCUCAGUUUCCGUAUGAGCCUACUCCUGAUCAAAAGCAGGCUUUCAUUGAUGUUGAGAAAGAUUUAACAGGGAGGGAAACUCCAAUGGACCGCUUAAUUUGUGGAGACGUUGGCUUUGGCAAAACUGAAGUUGCACUCCGUGCCAUCUUUUGUGUAGUUUCCGCAGGGAAGCAAGCCAUGGUUCUUGCACCCACAAUUGUUUUAGCCAAGCAACAUUUUGAAGUUAUCUCACAGCGAUUUUCUAUCUACCCAAAUAUCAACGUUGGACUCCUUAGCAGGUUUCAGACUAAAUCAGAGAAAGAUGAGCAUCUAGACAUGAUAAAGAAUGGUCAUUUGGACAUAAUUGUUGGGACACACUCACUUCUUGGAAGUCGUGUUGUGUAUAAUAAUCUAGGCCUGCUUGUCGUUGAUGAAGAACAGAGGUUUGGCGUCAAACAGAAAGAGAAGAUUGCUUCAUUCAAAACAUCAGUUGAUGUUCUUACUCUAUCUGCAACACCUAUACCGCGAACCCUUUAUUUAGCAUUGACUGGUUUUCGUGAUGCUAGCUUGAUUUCAACUCCACCUCCAGAAAGAGUCCCUAUAAGAACCCAUCUCUCGGCAUACAGUAAAGAAAGGGUAUUAUCAGCAAUUAAGUAUGAGCUGGAGCGAGGUGGCCAAGUAUUUUAUGUUUUGCCUCGUAUCAAAGGACUUGAAGAAGUGAUGAGUUUUCUUGAACAGUCGUUUCCUGAUGUUGAAAUAGCUAUUGCACACGGGAAGCAAUAUUCAAAGCAGCUAGAGGAAACCAUGGAGAAAUUUUCACAAGGUGAAAUCAAGAUUCUUACAUGCACUAAUAUAGUAGAAAGUGGGCUUGACAUUCAGAAUGCAAACACCAUUAUAAUUCAGGAUGUUCAACAAUUUGGCCUAGCACAGUUGUAUCAGCUGCGGGGAAGGGUGGGGAGGGCAGAUAAGGAAGCUCACGCACACUUAUUUUAUCCAGAGAAGUCACUUCUAACUGAUCAGGCAUUGGAGAGACUUGCAGCUCUAGAGGAAUGCUGUCAACUUGGGCAAGGUUUCCAACUUGCAGAGAGGGACAUGGGAAUAAGAGGCUUUGGUACCAUCUUUGGUGAGCAGCAGACUGGGGAUGUUGGAAAUGUUGGCAUUGAUCUCUUCUUUGAAAUGCUGUUUGAGAGCUUGUCUAAGGUUGAUGAGCAUCGAGUAGUUUCAGUUCCUUACUGGUCCGUUGAGAUUGAUAUGAAUAUAAAUCCUCAUCUCCCUUCUGAGUACAUAAAUAAUCUCGAGAAUCCCAUGGAGAUAAUUCAUGAAGCUGAGAAAGCUGCAGAGAAGGAUAUCUGGAGUUUGAUGCAAUAUACUGAGAAUUUGCGGCGUCAAUAUGGAAAGGAGCCACACUCCAUGGAAAUUUUAUUAAAGAAGCUUUAUGUGAGGAGAAUGGCAGCAGACAUUGGAAUAACCAAGAUAUAUGCUUCUGGAAAGAUGGUUUUUAUGAAAACAGUUAUGAAUAAACAUGUUUUCAAUCUGAUAACAGAUUCAGUGGUUUCUGAUGUCCACCGAAAUUCUUUGGUAUUUGAGGGUGACCAGAUCAAGGCAGAACUUCUUCUAGAAUUGCCAAGAGAACAACUCCUAAACUGGAUAUUUCGAUGUUUGGCUGAACUACAUGCUUCCUUACCUUCCCUCAUAAAGUACUAGUCGACUUGUGGAGAUUGCGUUGCAUAUGACAUGCUACACACAAUGGAUUUGCUUACUUACCCAAUUGCCAUACUUCAACAUCGCAUAUUGGGUAGUAAAAUGAGAAAAAUCUGUCUCAGUUUUCACUGAUUCCAAGUUGCAACUGGUAGACCCUCUGAUGGUGCUAACCUGAGAUGCGUCUGCAUGAAUCGGCUGAUGUUUAAAGUCAUCACGCAUUGCUGAUGUUUACAAUUAGAAAGUUAACAAGCGCAUUCCCUCUUCCUUUGCUGGGUUCUGAUCGAGACCGUAGUGGCAAAUAAUUUGAGGUAAUUCAUCUUUACACUAGAGUUUAUCUAGAUUAUUGGUGCUUCUGACCGAGUUCUCCUUUGCAGGUAACUAGUGAAAUAGGUGUUUAAAAACAGGCCCCUACAGAGUUGACAGAAACAUCGGUAUUCUCAUGCAUACGCCAUUUAUACAAGGAUCGAUCAUAUAUAAAUCAUGAAUGUCAUCGUCCUUAAAAAACAUUUGUGGAAGUUGCGCUGUUAAAUUUUGCAUAGCCCAGUUGCAGAGGCCAGAGGGAGGAACAGGCCCACACUUGGUAAUCAAAUGGCCCUUGAGGUGGUCCACUGCAGAGUGUAGUUUCAGACAUUCAUUAUAGUACGGAUUACAGAAUGACCUGUUGAUUCGAAUUGGACUGGAUUUUAAUUGCAUUUUUUUCUCUCUGA